AUGUCGUCGCCUGCCCUCGCUGAGUGUGCCAGCAGUGUCGUCGCCUGCCCUUGCCGAGUGUACCAGCAGUGUCGCCUGCCCUCACCGAGUGUGCCAGCAGUGUCGUCGCCUGCCCUCGCUGAGUGUGCCAGCAGUGUCGUCGCCUGCCAUCGCCGAGUGUACCAGCAGUGUAACCUGUCCUCGCUGACUGUGCCAGCAGUGUCGCCUGCCCUCGCCAAGUGUGCCAGCAGUGUCGUCGCCUGCCCUCGCCGAGUGUACCAGCAGUGUUACCUGUCCUCGCUGAGUGUGCCAGCAGUGUCGUCGUCUGCCCUCGCCGAGUUGUCGUCGCCUGCCCUCGCUGAGUGUGCCAGCAGUGUCGUCGCCUGCCCUCGCCGAGUGUACCAGCAGUGUAACCUGUCCUCGCUGACUCAGCCAGCAGUGUCGCCUGCCCUCGCCGAGUGUGCCAGCAGUGUCGUCGCCUGCCCUCGCCGAGUGUACCAGCAGUGUUACCUGUCCUCGCUGAUUGUGCCAGCAGUGUCGUCGCCUGCCCUCGCCGAGUGUACCAGCAGUUGUCGCCUGCCCUCACCGAGUGUGCCAGUAGUGUCGUCGCCUGCCCUCGCUGAGUGUGCCAGCAGUGUCGUCGCCUGCCCUCGCCGAGUGUACCAGCAGUGUAACCUGUCCUCGCUGACUCAGCCAGCAGUGUCGCCUGCCCUCGCCGAGUGUGCCAGCAGUGUCGUCGCCUGCCCUCGCCGAGUGUACCAGCAGUGUUACCUGUCCUCGCUGAUUGUGCCAGCAGUGUCGUCGCCUGCCCUCGCUGAGUUGUCGUCGCCUGCCCUCGCUGAGUGUGCCAGCAGUGUCGUCGCCUGCCCUUGCCGAGUGUACCAGCAGUGUAACCUGUCCUCGCUGACUCAGCCAGCAGUGUCGCCUGCCCUCGCCGAGUGUGCCAGCAGUGUCGUCGCCUGCCCUCGCCGAGUGUACCAGCAGUGUUACCUGUCCUCGCUGACUGUGCCAGCAGUGUCGCCUGCCCUCAUUGAGUGUGCCAGCAAUGUCCCAGCAGUGUCGCCUGCCCUCGCCGAGUGUGCCAGCAGUGUCGUCGCCUGCCCUCGCCGAGUGUACCAGCAGUGUUACCUGUCCUCGCUGAUUGUGCCAGCAGUGUCGUCGCCUGCCCUUGCCGAGUGUACCAGCAGUGUCGCCUGCCCUCACCGAGUGUGCCAGCAGUGUCGUCGCCUGCCCUCGCUGAGUGUGCCAGCAGUGUCGUCACCUGCCAUCGCCGAGUGUACCAGCAGUUGUCGUCGCCUGCCCUCGCUGAGUGUGCCAGCAGUGUCGUCGCCUGCCCUCGCUGAGUGUGCCAGCAGUGUCGUCGCCUGCCCUCGCCGAGUGUACCAGCAGUGUAACCUGUCCUCCCUGACUCAGCCAGCAGUGUCGCCUGCCCUCGCCGAGUGUGCCAGCAGUGUCGUCGCCUGCCCUCGCCGAGUGUACCAGCAGUGUUACCUGUCCUCGCUGAUUGUGCCAGCAGUGUCGUCGCCUGCCAUCGCCGAGUGUACCAGCAGUUGUCGCCUGCCCUCACCGAGUGUGCCAGCAGUGUCGUCGCCUGCCCUCGCUGAGUGUGCCAGCAGUGUCGUCGCCUGCCCUCGCCGAGUGUACCAGCAGUGUAACCUGUCCUCGCUGACUCAGCCAGCAGUGUCGCCUGCCCUCGCCGAGUGUGCCAGCAGUGUCGUCGCCUGCCCUCGCCGAGUGUACCAGCAGUGUUACCUGUCCUCGCUGACUGUGCCAGCAGUGUCGCCUGCCCUCAUCGAGUGUGCCAGCAGUGUCGUCGCCUGCCCUCGCUGA